GGGGGCCGAGGAGCUCUUAAAGGAGACGCGCCGAAGAAUGCGACCCUGUUGAAUUGGAGGCGCUUUCAGAGCUGCUGGUGAUGAUGUCGGAAAAGAUCCUUGUGACGGGCGGAGCCGGCUACAUAGGGAGCCAUUGCGUUCUGGAACUGGCUGAAGCAGGCUACACCCCUGUGGUCCUUGACAAUUUCCACAAUGCCAUCCAAGGGGGCAGCAUGCUCCCCGAGAGUAUUCAGCGGGUGGAGGAGAUCGUGGGCAAGAAGAUCCCAUUCCAGGAACUGGAUGUCCUCGAUGAGGCAGGUCUCCACAACCUCUUCAAGAAGCACAAUUUCUCUGCCGUGAUGCAUUUUGCAGGCCUCAAGGCUGUGGGAGAGUCUGUCCAGAUGCCGCUGGAAUAUUACAAAGUGAACCUGACUGGGACCAUCCGACUGCUGGAGGCCAUGAAAGUGCAUGGGGUCAAGAACCUUGUGUUCAGCAGCUCAGCCACAGUAUACGGCGACCCGGCCUACCUCCCCCUUGACGAAAACCACCCUGUCGGAGGCUGCACAAACCCUUACGGGAAAUCCAAGUAUUUCAUCGAGGAGAUGAUCCGAGACUUGUGCAAGGCAGAGCCGGACUGGAACGCGGUUCUCCUGCGAUACUUCAACCCCAUUGGAGCCCACGAGUCGGGGAGGAUUGGCGAGGACCCCCAGGGCACCCCAAACAACCUGAUGCCCUACGUUGCUCAGGUGGCUGUGGGGCGCCGAGAGUACCUGAGUGUAUUUGGGGGUGACUAUGAUACAGUGGAUGGGACCGGCGUCCGGGAUUACAUCCACGUGGUGGACCUGGCCAAAGGCCACAUUGCGGCUUUGAAGAAGCUGAAGGAGAACUGUGGCUGCAAGAUAUACAACCUUGGGACCGGGACCGGCUGCUCAGUCCUGCAAAUGGUGAAGGCGAUGGAGAAGGCGUCGGGAAGAGAGAUAAACUACAAGAUCGUUGCACGUCGGGAAGGAGACAUCGCCUCUUGUUACGCCAACCCUGCCCUAGCUGAACGGGAGCUAGGCUGGAAAGCUGUUUUUGGCCUGGACAAAAUGUGUGAGGACUUGUGGAGGUGGCAGUCACAGAACCCUACUGGCUACAGCAAGAACUAGCAUCUGGAAGAUGUUGCCUGUCCUCCCCAGUGCGUGGCUGCCGUGGCCCAAGGACAGUUCCAAGGGCUGUUUUGCUUUUCACUCAGGGAAGAUGGUGGUUCCUGCUUGUUCCUUCCCCUGCCC